GACAUUAGUCUAGAUGCACAAUAUAAUAGACAGUUAGAUGCACUAGAAAAUAGUCAAGAAUCAAAAGAAAAUGAAAUAAAAUUUUCUGAGACAAGGAAAGAUGAUGAACAGCAGACAAGUAAAUUUUUUGGCAAGGUUUAUGAAAGGAGAGUUCCAAAUCAAAGAAUAGAGGACAUCCCUGAUCCUGCCACUGCUCAUGAAUCUGACACAAUGUCAGAAAAUGACAAAGGUAAUAAUUCCAGUGAUCUAAAUCUACCCAUUGCUCUCAGAAAAGAAAAGAGAUCAUGUGUUAAAUACCCCAUCUCAAACUAUUUGUCCUAUUCUCAGUUAUCUGCAUCAUUUGCAGCCUUUACCUCUAGUCUUUCCACUGUUUCUAUUCCCUUAACCAUACAGGAAGCUCUAUCUAAACCUGAGUGGAAGAAGGCUGUUUUAGAAGAAAUGAAUGCUCUUGAAAAGAAUCAGACAUGGCAGGUUGUGGAAUUACCCAAGAACAAACCAACAGUGGGAUGCAAAUGGGUAUUUACCCCUAAAUUCAAGGCAGAUGGUACACUUGAAAGAUAUAAGGCCAGAUUGGUUGCCAAAUGAUAUACACAAACCUAUGGCAUAGAUUAUACAGAAACUUUUGCUCCAGUUGCAAAAUUAAAUACUAUAAGGAUCCUUCUAUCUCUAGCUGCUAACCUAGACUGGCCUCUUCAACAGUUAGAUGUGAAGAAUGCUUUCUUAAAUGGGAAGCUUGAAGAGGAAGUAUACAUGAGCCCCCCUCCUGGGUUUGAGGAACAAUAUGGCUCAAAGGUGUGCAAGCUGGAGGAAGCCGUAUAUGGACUUAAACAGUCCCCAAGGGCUUGGUUUGACAGGUUUACUCAAUUCAUAAAGAGGCAGCGAUUCAAGCAAGCCCAAGCAGACCAUACACUGUUCAUGAAGUUCUCAUGUAAGGGAGAGAUUGCAGUGUUAAUUGUUUAUGUGGAUGAUAUCAUUCUUACAGGAGACUAUUAUAAAGAGAUUGAAGACCUGAAGAAGAAGCUGGCUCAGGAAUUUGAGAUCAAAGACCUGGGAGAAUUGAAGUACUUUCUUGGCAUGGAGAUAGCAAGAUCAAAGAAGGGAAUUGUGGUAUCUCAGAGGAAGUAUGUACUAGACCUACUCCAUGAAACAGGUAUGAGUGCCUGCAGACCAAUAGAUACUCCAAUUGAUCCUAAUCAAAAGUUAGGAGAUGUCAAGGAAGGAGUACCAGUUAAUGUUCAACAAUAUCAAAGAUUGGUGGGAAGAUUGAUUUAUCUGGCACAUACAAGGCCAGAUAUUGCCUUUGCAGUUAGUAUGGUUAGCCAAUUCAUGCAUAAUCCAUUCCAAGAACAUCUAGAUGCUACCUACAGAAUCCUAAGGUAUUUGAAAAGCUAUCCAGUGAAAGGAUUAUUUUUUAAAAAGGGUGACAAUAGAAGUGUGGAAGCUUUUACAGAUGCAGAUUAUGUUGGCUCAAGAACUGAUAGAAGGUCUACAUCUGGGUAUUGUACCUAUGUAUGGGGGAAUCUAGUGACUUGGAGGAGUAAGAAGCAGAAUGUGGUUGCUAGAAGUAGUGCAGAAUCUGAAUUCAGAUCUAUGGCUAAUGGAAUCUGUGAACUGCUUUGGAUCAAGAGAGUGAUUUCAGAGUUGAAUAUGAAAAUGGAACUACCUAUGAAGUUAUAUUGUGAUAAUAAAGCAGCCAUUAAUAUUGCUCACAACCCUGUGCUACAUGAUCGUACUUGUUGAAAUAGAAACUGAAAUGAUAUUAAAAUGGAGAGAAGGAUUUUCUGUGUUUUUCAUUAGAGGGUUAAGGCCCUAUAUAUAUAUAUUACAAAGAUGGAAUAUUCCUAUAUAAGAUGCUAUACAAUAAUAAUGUCUAGAGUAUAUUCCUAAAGCAUAUUCUAGAGCAUAUUCCUAAAGCAUAUUCCUAGAUACAAUAAUACUUUCACACUCCCCCUCAAGUUGGAGCAUAGAUAUUUAUCAUGCCCAACUUGUUACAUAAGUAAUCAACUCGAAUCCCAUUUAGAGCUUUAGUGAAUAAAUCUCCAAGUUGUUCUCCAGUCUUCACAUACCCGGUAGAGAUUAAUCCUUUUUGUAUCUUCUCUCGAAUAAAAUGGCAAUCAACCUCAAUAUGCUUUGUUCUCUCGUGAAAUACGGGGUUGUUUGCUAUGUGUAUAGCAGCUUGGUUAUCGCACCACAACUGAGCAGGCAUUGGUGUCUUCAAUCCAAUUUCAUUCAAUAAAUGGUGUAUCCAUAUUAUCUCACAUGCGGAUUGUGCCAUAGCUCGAUAUUCUGAUUCAGCACUAGAACGAGAAACCACAUUCUGUUUCUUACUCUUCCAGGAUACAAGAUUACCACCAACAAAGACACAAUAGCCAGAUGUAGAUCUUCGAUCAUCUUUAGAACCGGCCCAAUCAGCAUCUGCAAAGCAUUCUAUUCUCAUGUGAUCAUGGUUUUGAUAAACAAUACCUCGUCCUGGUGCUCCCUUUAAGUAACAUAAUAUGUGUUCUACAGCAGCCCAAUGAUCAAUGGUCGGAGAUGACAUGUAUUGACUUACUACACUCACAGAAUAAGCAAUAUCUGGACGGGUGACUGCGAGAUAAUUAAGCUUUCCAACCAGUCUUCUAUAUCUUUCUGGGUCUUCAAACGGUGUGCCUUCUUGAGUGAGUUGCACGUUGGGAACCAUGGGUGUUGUACUUGGUUUUGCCCCUAAUUUCCCUGUCUCAGCUAGUAAGUCAAGUACAUAUUUACGUUGAGAUAGAAAUAUGCCUUUCUUACUUCAUGUUACCUCAAUUCCCAGAAAGUAUUUCAAAGAGCCAAGAUCUUUCGUCUGGAAUUGACUAUGUAGAAAAUUCUUAAGGGCCAAAAUACCUGCAUUAUCACUCCCUGUAAUCACAAUAUCAUCAACAUAUACCACAAGCAAUGUGACACCUGAUUCUGUUUGUUUGUAAAAGACAGAGUGGUCUGAUUUGCCUUUUAUCAUUCCAAAUUGUUCAAUUGAUUGACUGAAUUUCCCAAACCAUGCACGAGGACUCUGUUUCAGACCAUAAAGAGAUUUGCGAAGUCGACAAACUUUACCAUACUCCCCCUGAGCAACAAAUCCCGGAGGUUGCUCAAUAUAGACUUCUUCCUUAAGGUCACCAUGCAAAAAUGCAUUUUUAAUGUCCAACUGAUGUAAGUGCCAAUCAUGAAUUGCAGCGAGUGAGAUAAGUAACCUGACAGAUGUUAAUUUAGCAACAGGAGAAAAAGUGUCAGAAUAAUCAACACCAUAGGUUUGAGCAUAACCCUUCGCAACUAAUCGGGCUUUCAACCGAGCAACAGAUCCGUCUGGGUUAACCUUAACAGCAAAGACCCACUUACAUCCAAUAGAUUUCUUCCCUGUAGGUAAGUCAACCAAAUCCCAUGUACCAUUAAGAUCUAAAGCAUUCAUUUCCUCUACCAUGGCUUGACGCCAUUCAGGAUGAGACAAAGCUUCUUUGACAGAUUUGGGAAUAGAAAUAGAAUCAAUGGAAGCAAUAAAAGAACAUGAAGCAGGAGAUAACUGAUUGUACGACACAAAUGAAGAAAUAGGAUGAGUACAAGACCGUGUACCUUUACGUACUGCUAUUGGGAGAUCAAGAUCUGAUGUGGAAUCAAGAUCUGAAGAUGCAGAUACUGGUUCAGGACAUGAGAUCGGAGUCGAACUAGUAUCAGGAAAAGUAAUCACAGGUAUCGCCGGUGGAGGGUGAUCAGGUGCUUUGUGUCGACGGGUGUAUACCAAAUGUACGGGAGGCCUAGGGUCAUGAACAGUAACUUGUGGAAUAUUUGUCGAAAGUGUGGACUCGGGAAUAGUCAUCGUGUAAAUGAGAAUAUCAUCAUUACUCUCACGAAUAUCUGCCUUGGAUGAUGAAAAAGGUGUAUUUUCAUGAAAUGAUGCAUCAAUAGAAACAAGAUACCGACCAGUACUCGGACAAAAACAUCUAUACCCCUUUUGGACUCGAGAAUAACCCAAGAAAAUACAUUUUAAUGAUUUCGGAUCUAACUUUGUUAGAUGAGGAUUAACAUCUCUAACAAAACAAGUGCAACCAAAUAUUUUAGGUGGGAUAGGAAAAAGCUCUCUGUUUGGAAAUAGACAAUGAUAAGGAGCUUUACCAUUCAAAACAGAAGAUGGCAUUCGAUUUAUCAAAAAACAUGCAGUAGACGCGACAUCUGCCCAAAACUGUUUAGGCACAUUCAUUUGGAAUAGAAGAGCCCUUGCAGUUUCUAAGAGAUGUCGGUUCUUUCGUUCCGCAACUCCAUUUUGAGGAGGUGUAUCAACGCAUGAAGUUUGAUGAAUAAUGCCAUGUUGAAGCAUAAAUGACUUAAAUGUAGCAGAUAGAUAUUCUUGGGCAUUGUCUCCUCUUAACACCCGAACAGGAACGUUAAACUGAGUUUUAAUUUCAGCACAAAAGGAAGAGAAAUGAGUGAACAACUCAGAUCGACGUUUCAUGAAAUACAACCAUGUCAUACGAGAAUAGUCAUCAACAAAGGUAACAAAAUAUUUAAAACCAGCUUUAGACACAACCGGGAAAGCACCCCAAACAUCAGAGUGAACAAGGUCAAAUGGAGCAUUUGCUCGUUUAUUAACUCGCGGGCCUAAGCUAGUACGAUGGUGUUUCACAAAUUGACAUGACUCACAUUGUAAAGAGGUCAUCUUAUUAAAUUGGGGAUUUAUUUGCUUCAUUAAUGGGAGAGAUGGAUGUCCUAAUCGGUAAUGAGCAUCUAACAAAGUCCCAACCCCAAGACAAGAGAUACCUUUGGUGAUGGAUGUAUCCAAAAUAUAUAGACCAGCUGACUCAUGUCCUUUACCAAUAAUCUGCUUCGUUAACAGAUCCUGAAACACACAAUAUCCCGGAAAAAAUGUUACAGAACAGUUAAGAGUACGAGUGAUUUUACUGAUGGAAAGCAGAUUAAAUGCAAAAUUAGGAAGACUCAAAACAGGCGAUAAUGGUAAUGUAGAAGUUGGAACAACAGUACCAGAUCCAAGAACGGGUGAGGUAGAUCCAUCAGCUAAAGUGACACUAGAAGUAGGUAAAUAUGAAUGAAAUGACGAGAAUAGACUAGGAUUACCGGUCAUAUGAUCUGUGGCACCUGAGUCAAUGACCCAUUUCGAGGAUGAGGAAACAAGACACGUGUUUGAAAUACCUGAAUUAGCGGUUACCGAGAUAGGGACAGAGGAAUGCUUUAGAGAUUCUUGGUAGCAAAUAAAUUUGGCAUACUCGUCUGAAGAAAUAGCAAUUGAUCCAUCGGAUGAACUGGUAGCGGAAGCAACAUGAGCAAGCUGAUUUCCUUGAUUUUUGAACAGCAAUUUUC